GGUAAUUCCAGAAAUGGGCGGGGCUUCCCGUUGCGCCGGAAAAACUUCUUCUCAACAAACUGUCAGUAUUACACAGUUGAACAAUGAUCGCCCGGCAGCUCAGCAUGUCUCCUAACGAGGCACCACAGGCAUGGGUCCACAUGUAAUGGCCACACUCAGGAAGAGGUGGAUGCUGUCCAUCUUGCUGGUCAACCUACCAACAGGUUUUGCUCCUGAAGGUCCUCCUGCUCGUCCCUCUCAUCCUGAGUGCUUCAGGCCAUGUGAUGAGAAGAGCUGCAGUGUAGAUAUCCACUGUACCUGGAAUCAAGGGUCAGACCCUCAGAUCCCCACUAACUACAGCCUGCACUGCGAGCCUAAGAACAGCGAGGAGGGCUAUGUGACCAAUUGUACCAGUUCAAGUAAUGUUAUCCACCGUGAAGACUUUCCCAACUAUGGAGAACUUCGUGUAUGGGUCGAGGCUAAGAACCAGCACGGUUCUGCCAGAUCUCAGGAGAAUGUCUUCAACACAGCAGAUAUCAUCAAGCCACCCCCUCCAACUAUAACACUGAGGCAGCAGGAGCCCUUGGAGAUAGAGUGGCGUUCCUUCUGUGGUGAACUGGAUCUGUCGGUGGGAACCUGUGAUGUCCGAAAUCGGAUUGCAGGAAACCAAGUUUGGCUUGAGCAUGAGGGUGGAUUCCUUCACACCUAUACAUUGGACAGCUCCCUGCCUGGCACGGCCUUUGAAUUUCAAGUUCGCUGUUCCUGUAGCAUAGGCUUAAUAAGUGACUGGAGUGCAAUCCACAGAAUAAGGUGCGAGGAGAAGGCCCCUGUUGGUGAGCUGGAUGUAUGGAGGGACUGUGAAAUAUCCCCUACAAGCUUUGACUGUGCUCUGACCUGGAAGACGCUUCCCAUGUCUCGGGCAUGUGGUGUCAUUCUUGGAUAUGAAGUCACACUGUUUCACAAUGAUGGCACGCCUGUGCUGCUGAAUUUUUCCACAUCUGAGCCUAGAGACAAGCUGUUGUGCCAUGAAAUGCAGUGCCACCUUACAUCCUCUCUAAAGGAUGUAUCAUCAGUCAAUGUGUCCGCCUUCAAUGCUUGGGGGGUCACAGUGCCUUCUCAUCUUGCUUUGCCAGCACCAGGAUUCCUUCACACCUAUACAUUGGACAGCUCCCUGCCUGGCACGGCCUUUGAAUUUCAAGUUCUCUGUGCCUGUAGCAUAGGCUUAAUAAGUGACUGGAGUGCAAUCCACAGAAUAAGGUGCGAGGAGAAGGGUCAAGACAAAAAUGAACAAGCCAUUGCCCUCGAAAUGAAUGAAGAGAACCUCACUGUGUCCUGGGAUCUGCCCACUCCACUCUCUCCCCACCUGAAGGAAUAUGUGGUUCAAUACAAACAAGCGGGGUGUCCUCCGGGUCAAGGAUUUGAUUGGGUCAAAGUGACCAAGAGCCAGACAUCAGUGUUUUUUAAAGGUCAAUUCAAAAAGUACACACCCUUCCAAGUGUCACUGUUCAAAGUGUCACACAGAAGGAACGUCCAUCACCUUUCGUCAAGUAUUGGAUAUUCUGUUGAAGGAACUCCCUCCACAGUGUCAUCAUUUAAGGUGCUUUCCAUUGCUGCCACUCAGGUGACCCUGUUUUGGGAGCCUGCUCCCCUGUCCAAGCAGAAUGGAGUGAUUCUGUUCUACCAAGUUGGAUUAGACAAACAAACCGUGUACAAUGCCAGUACAUCUCCACAGUAUGAAAAUGGGACUUGUGAGCUGAAUCACCUCAGUCCAGGCCAGGAGUAUGAGGUGUGGAUACAAGCUGUGACUGCGGCCGGGCCUGGAGCAAGGGCCACCGCAAGGUUCAAAACUAAACAGCAUGAAAAUUAUGUGGGCUUAAAACGAACAAUGCUUGCACUAUUGUUUCUGGGUAUAUGUAUUCCUGCUUUACUCUGUUGCUAUCGAGUGGAAAACAAAGUGUGUCCACAGGUGUCAUCAUGUUUCUAUGAGAAAGUGCCAGAUCCCCGCAACAGCCACAUCUUCACACAGAUGAAGCACCAGAUUAAUGACCCCUUCCGUGGGAUCUGCAUACCCAUCUAUGAGCCACACCCCAAGAUCUCUGUGCUGGAGGUUGUUCAGAUCCAGUCUGGGGCUUUCAAGUCCACACCGAAGAAAACAUCAUUCUCUGAUGAGUUAACUGGGCCAAAAGCAAGAGACGGGUGCUCACGGAUGGACUGCCAAGAUGAACAGAGUGAGGAUGCAGUCACAGAGGAGUGUGGCAGGACGGACCACAGAUAUGAACGAGAGGAGUACAGCAAAAUGGUUGACUCUGAGGAGGAGGAGAGGGAAAUGGAGGAGCACAGGGAUGACUGUUGGAACUCAUCAGAGGAUGAACAGUUGACAUCAGGUUAUGAAAAGCACUUCAUGCCAACUGCUUUGGAAAUACUUGAAGUUUGAUGAUGUGUUCACAUUGGGGAGAUGGUGGACAUUUACCUCCUGGUUUUUUUUAUGUUCAAAAAAUGUUCAAUGAUGAAAUGUUACUGUUAAAUGAUGACCUCUGGGCAUGAUUCUGUGGCCUUUCUCUGCAGGACCCUGGAGGGUUGACUCUCUCUGCUUUUUUUUAUUUCAGUAUUAGGUUUGAUUUUUGUUUCACCACUUGGUGAUAACUUUGGUUUUACAUUACAUUCCCUAUUUCAGUUACAAAUUAUGUGUAGUCCCACAUUUUUGUACAAACUCACAGAUCAACACCAAAAAAAAUUAUAUAUUUUUUAAACAUAAGGAUCCAUCUGGCAAAUGUCCUUGUACUGGGACCAAUAAAGGGGACCUUUUCUAUUUGAA